CCAUUGUAUCGCGAGUGGUUGCACUGUACACACGGAUGAAAUCGCGAGUGUAGUGAAGUGUUAAAAAUGUCAAACACAGUCUGGACUCCGCCGAACAUUGGCCAAAUCUGCCCCGAGCAGCAGGCUCCUUUAACGCAAUGUUCAACAACAGGAUUCGUGUUUCUCUCCUUACUAACUCAACUCUACAGUCACUCGAGGGAUGAAUCUAAGAACGAAUAUCCAGAAUGGCAAGUACCAUCAUUUCGGGAUACAAAACCUAUAUCGCCAGAAUUUGAAGCAGUGAUCAGUCAGUUCCCGGAACCUACACUUCCACCAUUAAGUUCGUCAAUACAAGACACAUUUUUUACAAAUAAAUUUCAAAAUACGUUUAAAUCACCAAUGAGAAAUUGGGAGAAAGUGACCAGAGUCCACAGUCGCGGUCCUGGUGGUAGUCGAGGAUUAUCAGUAACAUCUUACUUCCCGAUAUUCGAUUUCGAAAAAUUCAACAAAAAAACUGAUAGCGAAGAAAGUGAAGAAUUCAAACGCGACCGUGAACGGUACGCAUUUGAAAAUAGUGCGAAGAAGGAAGACUUGGAUCUGGCGUUUGAUAAUCCAUUUUCGAAGUAUCACAGGGACGCUGACUUUGAUUUUAUGAAGGAGAUCUUUACGGAUUCUGAGCUUGAGACAUCGAAGAGUGAUAAAAUUGAAAUAAGGAAAAUGAAGAAGAUCGGUUCGAAGAAACGUCGAAAAAGGCAGACUUCGGAUCAAUAUGACUUCAUAGUAGUCGGGGCUGGAUCAGCUGGAUGUGUGAUAGCUAACCGUCUCUCUGAAGUAAAACAAUGGAAGAUUCUGUUAAUAGAAGCAGGUCCAGAAGAACCUGAAGUAACCAGCGUCCCAUCAUUUGCACCAGUUCUUGGUAGAUCCAGCAUUGACUGGAAUUACAGAACUCAACCAGAAGAAAUGACUUGCAGAGCUCAAAGAGGACAGACUUGCGCUUGGUUGAGAGGGAAAACUAUGGGAGGAUCGAGUGCCAUAAACUACAUGAUAUAUAUGAGAGGGAACAGGAGGGAUUACGACAGUUGGGCAGAACUUGGCAACCAUGGAUGGAGUUAUAGAGAGGUUCUCCCAUACUUCAAGAAAGCAGAAAACAACCAAGACGUAGAAGCUCACGACACUCACUACCACGCUGUUGGUGGACCAAUCAACGUCGAGCGUCUAAACCAUCUCGAUGUCAACGUCAUGAUGUUAGUUCAAGCUUUUAAAGAAAAAGGACUGCCAAUCACUGACUUCAAUGGAGAAAAUCAAAUGGGAACGGAUAUAGCCCAAACAACAACCAAACAAGGGCAACGAAAUUCAGCCAACAAAGCCUAUAUAAGUCCCAUCAGAUAUAAAAGACCAAAUAUUCGUGUAAUCAGCAGUGCAUAUGCUACUAGAGUACUCAUAGAUCCUAUAACAAAGACUGCUUAUGGAGUCGAGUAUGUCAAAAAUGGAGAAAUAUUCACAGCGUUUGCUGAUAAAGAAGUCAUUGUAAGCUCAGGAGCGAUAAAUUCUCCAAAACUGUUGAUGUUGUCUGGUAUUGGACCUAAAUAUCACUUGAAAAGUUUGAACAUACCUGUGUUAGCUGAUUUGAGUGUUGGUGCUAAUCUCCAAGAUCACAUUACAACUGAUGCUCUUACUUUAGCUUUGUCAAACAAAACUGCAACAGCUGUUAAUGAACAGCAGCUAGUUAAUGAAAUACAUAGUUAUUACGGACAACAUUUGCCUAAACGAGGGCCUUUAUCAGCCACUGGUACUCUCACUGGUACAGCUUUCAUAAGCACAUACUACCAUGAAGAUGUCCCAAAUAUACAAUUCCAUUUCGACGGUAGAAAUGUAAGAGAAUUUUACUCAGACCCUACAACUUAUUUAGCUACAAAUAUAUUUCCUUUAGCAUUCUACGAUGGGUUAUCAGCAAGACCAUUAUUACUGACUCCUAAGAGUAGAGGUUAUAUACUUCUGAAUAGCACUGAUCCUAUUUAUGGUCCACCCUUAAUUUACUCAAGGUUCUUCACUGACAGAGAAGACAUGCAAGCAUUGAUAGACGGAAUUAAGUUUGCUGUAAGUUUAGAAGAGACAGAUGCAUUCAGGGCCAGUGGAGCAAGGUAUGUUAGGAUACCAGUCCAAGCUUGUUCGCAGUAUAUUUGGGGUACAGAUGAAUAUUAUACUUGUAUUCUUAUCCAGUAUACAUCUACUAUCUACCAUCCAGUAGGGACAUGUAAAAUGGGUCCAGAAUGGGACAAGGAGGCAGUCGUAGACCCGAGACUAAAGGUGUAUGGAAUUCAAAAGCUGAGAGUAAUUGAUGCGUCUGUUAUGCCCUUGAUUGUUAGAGGCAAUACUAAUGCUCCCACGAUUAUGAUAGCUGAGAAGGCUUCUGAUAUGAUUAAAGAAGAUUGGUUAUAAUUAGAACCUUAAUUUAAAGGUUAUAUGUUUAGUUUUCAUUGGUACAACCUCGUUCUGGAUGUAACAUUAUAGAAUUCUGUGAGGUGUACAUAAUAUAUUUAAAUUAUUGUAUAGAUCAAAUUAAGAAACAGAAUGGUUGUACUAGAAAAUAGUUCUAGAGUGGUUUAUAAAUAGUUUAUUAUUUAAGUGCUUGUAUGCUGAUCCGAAUGAAGUGAAAGUGAAUUUUAACUUUAUGACUAUGCGUUUAAAGUUUAAAGUAAUAAUCAUUGCUGAAUGAUCUUGUACAGUGAUGUUUUGUUGCAAUACAUAAUUAUAAUGAUGUUUACUUUAAGGAUUUCUGUUCGAAAUUCCUUAUCCAUGUAUGAGUUUUCGAAAUAAUCGAACAAUGUAAAACGAUAAUAGAUAAAUAAC